CAGGAAGCAUGGGAUCAGGCCAGCCCAGAGGUCAAGGAGAUCUAUGGGGAGAAGUUCCUGGCAUCUGGUGCUGUCUGGGGAAUCUGGCAGAGUUGCCCCUUUUCGAGGGCGUGCGUGGGGAUCUCAGCGUCUGGACGUCCUGUGCAGGAUCUCAGCGCAGAGAUCCGCAGCAGCGAGUCUCCAUUCCCCUGGCGCCCCUGCGGGGUUUCUCGUUCUGGGCCCCACAGCUCCCAGCCUGUGUGUUCCCCACAAAGCCAUGUGGCUGUACCUGGCGGCCCUCGUGGGCCUGUACUACCUCCUGCGCUGGUACCGGGAGAGGCAGGUGGUGAGCGACCUCCGAGACAAGUACAUCUUCAUCACGGGCUGUGACUCGGGCUUCGGGAACCUGCUGGCCAGGCAGCUGGACCUGCGAGGCUUGAGGGUGCUGGCCGCGUGUCUGACGGAGAAGGGGGCAGAGCAGCUGAGAGACCAGACGUCAGACAGGCUGGAGACGGUGAUCCUGGAUGUCACCAAGACAGAGAGCAUCUCUGCGGCCACCGAGUGGGUGAAGGAGCGUGUGGGAGACAGAGGACUCUGGGGCCUGGUGAAUAAUGCUGGCAUCUCCAUUCCCUCGGCACCCAAUGAGUGGCUGACCAAGCAGGACUUCGCGAAGAUACUCGACGUGAACUUGUUGGGGUUGAUAGAGGUGACCCUGAGCCUGCUGCCCCUAGUGAGGAAGGCGAGGGGCCGCGUGGUCAACAUCUCCAGCAUCAUGGGCCGGGUGUCCCUUCUGGGUGGGAGCUACUGCAUCUCCAAGUAUGGCGUCGAGGCCUUCUCCGACUCCCUCAGGAGGGAGCUCUCCUACUUUGGGGUGAAGGUGGCUGUGAUUGAGCCCGGUUUCUUCAACACUGGAGUAACCAACUCUGAGAAGAUUUCUAGGGCCGUGCAGGAAGCAUGGGAUCAGGCCAGCCCAGAGGUCAAGGAGAUCUAUGGGGAGAAGUUCCUGGCAUCUGUCAAGAAAUCAGCGAAAAAGUUGAAGUCAACAUGUUGCAACAAUCUGUACUUGGUGACAAACUGCGUGGAACAUGCCCUAACAGCCUGCCACCCCCGCACUCGAUACUCAUCUGGCUGGGAUGCCAAGCUCCUCUACCUCCCCAUGAGUUACAUGCCUACCUUACUGGUGGAUGCCAUGAUCUACUGGAUGUCUCAAAGACCCAUCAAGGCUCUGUAACCCCAGACUGGGGUGCAUGUGUCCCCCUCCUACAGGAUGGACAUGGCCUGGGGGAGUUAAUGCCCCUUUCCACUGAAGAUACCUCUGACAGGGAUGGAGAUGUGGAUGGCAACCACCAGCCUGACCCAUCAACCUGAGGUGCCAAUUCACAGACCCUGGCUGAAAGGACAUGUCUGUAAUUGGAAUCAUGACAGAGGAUACAGAAACAAACCAGUUGUUGAGUUGUCUUGAAACCUUGAUGUCCAUUGAUUAUUUUUGCCUUAAAAUAAAAAUUGAUAAGUUUACCUAGA